UGGUUAAUUGAUUUUGGAUAGGUUUCGGCCGUUUGGCUGAGCGGGCCGAAGAAUCUGUCCGCUUCCUCCCUCCGAUUGGUGCUAUCCGAUAGUCGGCCUCGAACAACGAGCAGUUGUGGCAAAGAACUGGUCGAUAUAUUAUCGCCCAUCACUCUCCCAUCGCCGAUCCCCUCGAUCGAUACAGAACUACGAUAAAUAUGCGAAAAUCGAACCUUCGGUAACAGAUGCGUCGCCGCCUUUUACUUUCUGUGUUGAUGUAGUCCUCAGAAGAAUCUAGGGUUCACAAAGUGACCUUCCCAAAACCCUAAAGCCUCUCUCUUUUUCAUGUGUGUCGGCAAUCCUCAUUUCGUUUGCUAGAAUGACGGAAGCUGACAUACCAGUCUGGCUGAAGAAUCUGCCGCUGGCGCCGGAGUACCGGCCAACCGAGACAGAGUUUGCGGAUCCCAUUGCAUUCAUCUCGCGCAUCGAAAGGGAGGCGGCGUCUUUCGGCAUCUGCAAGGUCAUACCGCCGGUCCCUAAACCGUCUAAGAAGUUUGUGCUCUCGAAUCUUAACCGCUCUCUGUCCAAGUCUCCGGAACUGGGAGACGCAGCCGCUGCUUCGGCGGGUCCGUCGUCGGAGGCGGCUGUCUUUACUACCAGGCAGCAGGAGCUUGGGUCCCGGCGUGGCCGCCCCGCGCUUCCGAAGCAAGUAUGGCAGAGCGGUGAUGUGUAUACGCUGGAGCAAUUCGAGGGAAAAUCGAAGGCCUUUGCCCGCUCGCAGCUUGGUGGUUUUAAGGAGGUUACCCCUUUACUUGUGGAAUCCCUCUUCUGGAAGGCCGUGACGGACAAGCCCAUCAACAUUGAGUACGCCAAUGAUGUCCCGGGGUCUGGCUUUGCUGUGCCAGAGGAACCUUUUCGCUAUAUCUCCUGGCGGAGGAAUCGGAAGCGAGGAUUGCACAGAGGGAAAGUGAAUGAAGAGAAAUGUGGAUUCAGGUUGAUGAGUUCCGGCGAUAAUGGACAGCCGCAAAAGAGUUUGGGAUCGGGCAGUGAUGUGGAGGGCAUGAAGGGGACUUCUGGUUGGAAGCUAUCAAACAGCCGUUGGAACUUGCAGGUGAUUGCCCGGUCCCCGGGGUCCUUAACACGCUUUAUGCCUGAUGAUGUGCCAGGAGUUACAUCUCCCAUGGUUUAUAUUGGGAUGCUCUUCAGUUGGUUUGCUUGGCAUGUGGAGGAUCAUGAGUUACAUAGCAUGAAUUACCUUCACAUGGGAUCUCCAAAGACAUGGUAUGCCGUUCCUCAGGAUCAUGCGGUCACUUUGGAGGAGAUGGUCAGGUUCCACGGUUAUGGUGAAAGUGUUGAUAGGCUAGCUGCUUUUAUCAUGCUGGGUGAGAAGACAACCCUUUUGUCUCCUGAAGUUCUCGUUGCAUCUGGUGUUCCUUGUUGCAGGUUAGUUCAACAUCCGGGUGAAUUUGUUGUGACUUUUCCAAGGGCCUAUCAUGUAGGAUUCAGUCAUGGAUUUAAUUGUGGGGAGGCUGCUAAUUUUGCUACUCCUGAAUGGUUAAAGGUGGCUAAAGAAGCAGCAAUAAGAAGGGCAGCCAUGAAUCAUCUUCCAAUGUUAUCUCAUCAGCAGCUUCUGUACAUUUUGACAAUGUCUUUUGUCUCAAGAAUUCCUAGGACACUAAUCUCAGGCGUACGGAGUUCACGUCUGAGAGACCGUAAGAAAGAAGAAAGAGAAAUUCUUGUCAAGAAGGCAUUUUUGACUGAUAUGAUGAAUGAAAAUUAUCUAUUGUGUGUUCUCCUUGAGAAAGAAUCUACUUCUCCAAUUCUGUGGGAACCUUAUAUGCUGCCUGCCCCCUGUGUUGUUUCCCAGUCUUAUCCUUCUAUAUCACUCAAGUCACAGUACUUUGGUGAUCAAAAUGGAUGCUGCACCCACAAUCAACAGAUGGAAAUCAAUACACAAGGAGAAAGUUUAGACAAAGUCGAUGAUUGCCAUGUUGAGAAGCCCAUUGACGAAGCAAUUGCGUUGAGGAACACAUGCUCUGUUAUUCCACUUACAGAACAGUCUUACAAGAAUCCAAUUCAUGCUGAUCUUGCAACUUCUGAUCUGGAAGCGUUUGAAGACGAGGAUGAUUUACCUGUUGGUUUGAACGUUGAUUCUGGGUCAUUGGCAUGUGUUGCAUGUGGAAACCUUGGCUAUCCAUUUAUGGCUGUCAUCCAACCUUCUGUAGAAGCGGCAAAGAUGAUUUUUUCCAUAAUUUGUGAAGAAUCUCAUGAGAAAUCAGACAAAUCACAGUGCUUCAUUUCAUCUCCAUGUCUUCAGAAUGAUGCUUGUAACUCUACUGCAGAAGAAAGAUGCCCUGAAGUUGCAGAACAAGCAAAUCUACAUGCAAGUUGUCAAUUGUGCCCAAAAUCAAGCAUAACUUCGCAGCAUUCCAGGGAACAUGAUAUGCUUAAACCUAUCGGUAGCGGUUCUUUUCUCAAUUAUUUCCCUAUGAACUCUUUGGAAAAUAAGGGAGAAAAGUUAGAUGCAACAGAAUGUCAAACCAAGAGUAAUAAAUGUGUUUCUGACAGUUCUGCCAAUGCAUUUUGUUCCCAUGGUAUCCGUUCUUGUGAAAGUGUGAAAAAAAUGGAGGGGAUUUGGCGCUUAAAGACUAGCAAAACAGUUGAAAAUGGCCCCGGUUCUGAUUCUUGGCCCUUUUCUGAAGAUGAAUCUGUGAAAGAAAAGGUGAGCGUACCUAAGUGGGAUGUAUCCAAUAUACUUCUUAGACCAAGGGUGUUUUGCUUGCAGCAUGCAAUUGAAGUUGAGGAACUUUUGCACAACAGGGGUGGAGUACAUAUACGUGUUAUAUGCCAUUCAGAUUAUCUGAAGUUCAAAGCUUAUGCUGCAUCUAUUGCUGAAGAAAUGAGGACAGAACUACAAUUAAAAGACGUACCUCUUGAGAAUGCGUCCCAGGAAGAUCUGAAUUUAAUUAAUAUCUCAAUCGACGAUGAAGAACAUCAAGAAGAUGGCAAAGAUUGGACCUCAAAGCUGGGUGUGAAUCUAAGAUACUAUGUCAAGUUUAGAAAACAUUCAGCAUCAACUCAAGAACAGCUACCAUCAGCUCUGAGCGGAAUGUUUUCAAGUUCCUCAACUGUUUCUAUUCUCUCAAGCCUCAGAUGGCUUCGCCGUAAGUCCCGCACACCUGCCAAGCCACAGUGCAUCAUCGCAGAGAAGCCACACAUUUCUGCUACUGCGACGGGAGGGGUUCAAACUUUGAAAGUAAUAGAUGGUGAUAAUAUCAAAGCUAUCCAGGUUUACCAGAGCCGGAAGAAGAAAACAAGUGACCUGGCUUUUAAGGAUCACAAGCAUCCAGUAAAAGAGCUUGGCAGUUGCAAUCAAAAUGUAGCAGUUAUUGGUAAAAGUGAAUAUGUUGCUGCACCUGUUAUUGAUAAUGUUGAAAACCUGUUCACUGUCCCCAUUUCUAUGAUGGAAAAUCCUGAAAUUUCUCAAAAUAGCAUAGCGAAGAGUAGUAGUCCAUCAGUUGGUUUUCAAUGCUUUUCUGGGUUGAAUGGCUUAAAUAAUACCACGAUUGUUUCUGUCCCAGUUAUUUUUCAAUACAAUCAGCUCUACUAUAAUACACCCACAUCUAAUAGCUCAGUACUGUAUAACGAAGAAAAAAAUGGAGGUGAAACUAGCUUAGAUUCUGAUGGUGGGAGAUCCAAGAAGUUAGAAUUACAGGAUGAAAUGGCCAUUCCAGAAUUGAAAAGUUCUGAGGAUAAACAGUUAAUUGUAACAGGUUCAGAGGCCAACUUUCAUGACAGUGGCAAUCUAUCAAGUGAACAUCUUUUGCUGUCGAGUGAUGAAGAAGCUCAGCACAUGCAAGAGAAGACUCAAACAACAGAGGAACAGAAUGCGGAGGGCAGUCCAAGAUUUUCUUUGUUGGCUGAAAACCAUAGCUAUGUUCCACAAUUAUUAACUGUUGAAUCUGAAAUGCAUAUUGAAGCUUCAAUGGCGGAGGAACUGAGAAGUUCUAAUUGUUCAGUGCAUUGUGAAGAGGAGCUCUGUAGUGUCAUUGAGAAUGAAGAUGAAAUGCAGAAAAUUGAAGCAUCUACAGGCAAUAAUAACUGCUCUCCGGAUGUAUUUGUAGCGAGGGAUGAGAGGCGAGCAUCGACUUUGAACAUUAAAUCAUAUGUGAGACGAAAGAACAAACGAAAAUGGGACGCAGAGCGACAAGGAGCAGAAGAACACAUGGAGACAGAAAACACACAGAAGAAAUUAGAAAUUCAAGACAAAGAAGCAGCUCAACAAACUUGUAACGGUUUCAUCCGUAGUCCAUGUGAAGGAUUAAGACCAAGAAAUGGAAAAUUACAGUCUUAUGUGACUGAAGUUAAAGUUGCAGAUAGAAGAAGGGGAAGCAAUUCUAUGGGUAGAAGAAAAAGAGCCGCCGCCGAGACGAGCGAUACAUUUGAGUGUGAUAUUGAGGGCUGUCGCAUGCGGUUCAGGACGAAAGCCGAGAUCCAACUCCACAAGCGCAACCGUUGCACGUACGAUGAAUGUCGAAAGCGGUUCAGCAACCACAAGUACGCAAUGCGUCACCAACGCGUCCACAACGACGAACGGCCCUUCAAAUGCUCGUGGAAAGGAUGCAAAAUGUCUUUCAAGUGGGAAUGGGCGAGGACCGAGCACCUGCGGCUCCACACGGGCGAGAGGCCUUACAAGUGCAAGGUUGCUGGUUGUGGGAUGUCCUUCAGAUUUGUAUCAGAUUUCAGUCGGCACAGAAGGAAAACUGGGCAUUUUGUUAGCACCAACAGGCCUUAGUCUUGUUCCAUAUAUGUUGCUUUGGUGGGUUCAGAAUGUUUUCUUUUCAAUUUUUUCUUUCUAACUGUUCCAUGUUUUAAACUUAGUGUGUAGGGGCUAAUGCAUAUGUACCUUGUUCUUGCUUUUGAGCUUAAGAGGCUUCAAAAGUGACGAUUCAAUCCUGGACAUAGUUUAGCUGAUGUUAGAGUGUAUGAAUUGUACGCAGUAAUCGUUGCUGUCUUCAAUGGCUUCGUUUGUUUGGUUAUUUACCUUUGAAGGGAUUAUGUUCUUUCUGUUGCUUAAAAUGGCCAUGGCUUUCUUUG